AUGUCGAGCUCGGUAAAAACACGCGACUCUGCACUUAACGCCAUUAAGCGGUAUAUGGCUAAGAGUGUGGACGAUGCCUUUACAAUGGAUGCAGAAAGCAUAAAAAGUUAUAUGCAACUGCUCAGUGAACAGUGGACUCGCUUUAAUAGCGCUCAAGAUACGGUCGAAAUUUCGUGUGGAAGUGAAAAUGUAGAUAUUGAAGAAAGUAAGUGUCGUGCCGAAGCGCAACCCGCUUCCGUGUCAACGCCUGUGUCUGCAGCAAUACGGCUGCCAAAGAUGGAGCUGCCUAAAUUCUCUGGGGAUUCCACUGAGUGGAUCGGUUUUUUUGACGCAUUUUCUGCUUUGGUCGACUGUAAUGCCGCAUUGUCGAAUGGUCAAAAACUUCACUAUCUUCGUAGUUGUUUAAGGGGUGACGCGUUAAAAAUCAUAAGUGGGUUUAAAAUAUGUGAUGUUAAUUAUGAAGAAGCUUGGGACCUACUAAAAUCGCGUUAUAAGGUCAUGCGCGUUAUAGUUGAAGGACAUUUUAGAGCUAUGGCCAACGUAAAGAGAGCAGCUAGUGAUACCGCUGACGCAAUUAAGGAAGUGAUCGACGCUUUCCAGCAACAUAUACGCGAGCUUAAGGCUUUGGGACGCCCAGUGGAAUUUUGGGACGAUUGGCUAGUGUACGAACUAGUCAAUAAAUUAGGCUUCGAGACACGAAAGCAAUGGGAGCUAUCACUCGUCACUGAUGAGCCUCCGACAUUCGAACAGCUGGCCACGUUUUUAGAAGUUAGAUGUCGUUCUCUAUCAAUGCUAUCAUCGUCAACGGUAUUAUUGCCAGCUAAGGGUAAAACCGCGUCGGUGUGUAAGCCUACGAAUGUGUUUCACGCAGUGCAAGAUCAGGACAGCACGGGCUGUACAUUUUGUAACGGGCCACUCAAAAUAUACAGUUGUGAAAAUUUUCGGGACCUUGACGCAAACGGUAAGUCGAAAUUUGUGAGAGAAUCGCGCGUGUGCAUGAACUGCUUAAGUUCAGGCCAUUAUAAAGCAAAGUGUAACAGCACAUCUGCAUGCAGGAUUUGCCAUCAACGCCAUCACACGCUGUUGCAUAAUGCUGCCGCUACAACUAACGCUACAACCGUUGCUCAUUUCGUCAACAGCGCCUCUCUUAGGCCUUUCUCCCCCGCCGCAGACGUCAUGGAUCAAACGAACGUAACCGUUUCAUCCGCUAACGGUCCUUCCACAAACACUGCUGCUGCCUGUACGUCUUCACAUUUGAAUGCCAAUCCCAACCAGCUUUGUCCAAGAGAAAGAACUGUGCUGUUGGCGACCGCCUUAGUCAAGGUACGCGAUUGCUCUGGUCAUUGGCAACCCGCUCGCUUGUUGUUUGAUUCUGGUUCGCAUGCUUCCUUCGUAACCGAGUCAUGUGUACAACGCUUGGGAUUACCGCGAAGAGGGUCCGCAAUAUUAAUUUCUGGAAUUGGUUCCUCCCAAGGGAUACGCUCUAAAGGUGAAGUAUUACUUUCAUUAUCAUCUCAUUUUUCAGAUCUAUGCUUUACUGUUGACGCAUUGAUUCUGCCUAAAAUCACAAGCGAUUUGCCAACACAGCCCUUGAAGGUUUUGGCGUGGCCGCACAUACAAGAUAUAUUUUUAGCCGAUCAGCACUUCAUGAAACCCGGGCGUAUCGAUAUCUUGGUCAGAAUGGACGUCAUGGGACAGCUCCUCUGCUCGGAGAUUCGUAAGGGUCCACCCGGUACGCCCAUGGCUCAACGAACGGUUUUCGGUUGGACGUUGUUUGGAAAUGUCGAUGGGUCCGAAUCCACUUCGCUCGGCUUACAGUCUUUGCAUUGUGAAGUUCAUUUAGAUCGAGCGCUCACUAGACUUUGGGAGUUAGAAGAAGCACCGAAAAAGGCCCACCUCACCUACGAAGAACGUUAUUGUGAAGAGUUUUUCGAAAAAACGCACAGAAGGUCACCUGAUGGUCGAUUUAUAGUAGAGCUGCCGCUGAAAUCUGACGUACCCUUGGGAGCAUCACGAAGUUAUGCUGUUCGAAGUCUACUAAGCAUCGAAAAAAGACUUGCGCGAGAUGACGACCUACGCCAACGCUACAAUGAGUUCAUGCAAGAACUCAUCGACAUGAAGCACAUGGAACUUGCACCACCGCCAACGGAUCAAACUUUCUAUAUGCCGCAUCACCCCGUUAUAAAAGAGUCAAGUGUCACGACUAAAUUGAGAGUCGUGUUCAAUGCGUCCGCCAAAACCACCACCGGGAAUUCGUUGAACGAUGCAUUAUUUAACGCAUCGCUACGCAGUAACCGCGGACAUCGCGAAAUGUACCGCCAAAUAUGCAUGUCCACGAAAAACCUCGAUCUACAACGCAUUGUCUGGCGUCGAGACCCGACGUUACCCAUAAAGGAUUAUCGCAUGUUGCGCGUUACUUAUGGCGUUGCCGCUGCGUCCUACUUAGCCGUUAAAUCGCUGCAACAAACCGCAAAAUAUUCGUCACACAUUUGUGAGAAGGCUGCUGCCGUCAUCCAUAAGGACUUUUACAUGGAUGAUUUCCUCACUGGUGCGUCUUCUAAAGAGGAGCUGCUAUGUUUACAACGAAACGUCUCCGAAAUACUGAAGGAAGGGGGUUUUGAACUUCGAAAAUGGGCGUCUAAUUGUGCGGAGCUUUUUGAAAAUGUUUCGAAUGCAUCAGAAAAUAUAUCACACUACCUAGUCGAUAGUAAAGAUGUCCAUGCCUUGGGCCUUAUAUGGAAUACAGAGGAGGACUACUUCACGUUCUCAGUUAAUCUGAAUCAACCACCCACUAUUUUAACGAAGAGAACAUUCUUGUCUGAUGCUAGCACGCUUUUCGACCCACUGGGUCUGCUCGCUCCAGCGACCAUAAGAUCAAAGAUGUGGUUUCAGGAGAUCUGGCUUAUGAGUGUCGGUUGGGACGACGUUAUUCCAGACUGCAUCGCAGCACAGUGGCGACAACAUCGCUCGGAAUUGCUACUGCUAUCAAGUUUAAAGAUAAGUCGCUGGUUUGGCACAGGAGCAGGUGAGUCGUUCACUGAGCUACAUAUUUUCGCUGACGAUUCCGAGCGCGUUUACGCUGCCGUAAUGUACGCGCGCACAUUACACAACGACGGCACUAUUACUGUCGUGCUGAUCUCGUCGAAGACUAAGGUAGCACCACUUAAAACAACAACCCUGCCGCGCUUAGAAUUGUGCGCUGCACAUCUUGCUGCUAAAUUGGCGCGAAGCGUGUUACAUAGCUGGGGUGAUCUCCGCUAUCCGAUCUAUGCUUCGACUGACUCAACUAUUACAUUGGCAUGGCUUCAGGCGCAUCCUAGAAAAGUGGCCAACAAAUUUCAAUUGGGCGUAAGGAAAGCGCAACUGAAGAUAUUCCGCUCUGCGAAUCCCGCGGAUGACGCCAACGAGUUCCUAUCGGGUAUGCAACUGGACGACGCCGGUUCUGCCAAAAACGUUGGCGCUCACGAGCAGCACCCGGAAGUGCAGCUUGACGACGCCAAUACCGUGUAA